UUUUUUUAAACUUCACAGUAAAACACAAAGACCGUCCUCAGACGCCCCACUCCUUCAUCUCCAACCUCCAGCGGCACUUCUGCUCCUCUGUCUGCCUCUGCUUGUGUGGUUCAUCCUAAAAAACUAGCCGUCAUGGUUUCCCACAAGGAGUUUCAAGACGCAGGGAAAGGUCCGGGGCUGCAGGUGUGGCGCAUCGAGAGCAUGGACCUCAAACCCGUCCCCAAAGCGCUGCAUGGCAGCUUCUACACCGGGGAUGCCUACCUGCUGCUCUUCACCACCUCAGCACCGUCCUACAACAUACACAUGUGGCUGGGCGACGAGUGCUCGCAGGAUGAGAGUGGAGCGGCGGCCAUCUUUGCCAUGCAGCUGGACGACUUCCUGGGCGGUGGACCGGUCCAGUACAGGGAGGUGCAGAACUACGAGUCCAACACCUUCCUGGGAUACUUUAAGUCAGGAAUCAAGUACCAGAAAGGGGGUGUGGCUUCAGGCUUCAAGCACGUGGUGACCAAUGACAUGAAUGUGAAGCGCCUGCUGCACGUAAAGGGCCGCAGAGCCAUCAGAGCAACCGAGGUGGAAAUGUCCUGGUCCAGCUUCAACAAAGGAGACUGCUUCAUCAUCGACCUGGGGAAGGAUGUGUACCAGUGGUGCGGCAGUGAGUGUAACCGUUUCGAGCGGCUCAAGGCCUCCCAGGUGGCCAUCGACAUCAGAGACAAUGAGAGAAACGGCCGAGCCAAGGUGCACAUGGUGGAGGAAGGAGGCGAACCCUCUGAAAUCAUAGAGGCUUUAGGAGCCAAACCCACCAUUGCUCCCAGCACUCCGGAUGAUGACAAGGUGGACACCUCCAACAGGAAGAAGGGCGCCCUCUACAUGAUCUCAGAUGCCUCUGGCUCCAUGAAGGUGACGGCUGUGGCUCAGUCCAGUCCCUUCAAACAGGCCAUGUUGUCCCCUGAGGAAUGCUACAUCCUGGACAAUGGGGUGGACAGGAACAUCUUUGUUUGGAAAGGUCCAAAGGCCAAUGCUUCUGAGCGUAAAGCCGCCAUGUCUGCAGGACAGCAGUUCAUCAAAGACAAAGGGUACAGCAAUAAAACACAGAUCCAAGUCCUUCCUGCUGGAGCAGAAACGACCUUGUUCAAGCAGUUCUUCAGCGACUGGAGGGACAAGGAUGAGACAACAGGACCCAGUAAGGCCUACGCUAUCGGGCGCAUCGCCAAAGUGGAACAAGUGCCUUUUGAUGCCUCCACCUUGCAUACAAACACAGCCAUGGCUGCCCAGCACGGCAUGGUGGACGACGGCAAAGGCAAGAUCCAGAUCUGGCGAGUGGAAGGCGGGGAUAACGUCCUGGUGGAUCCUGCUACUCAUGGCCACUUCUAUGGCGGAGACUGUUACCUCAUCCUCUACAGCUAUAGACAGGGGAGCAGGGAGCAACACAUCAUCUACACCUGGCAGGGGCUGAAAUGCACGCAGGACGAACUGGCGGCUUCAGCGUUCCUCACAGUGAAGCUGGAUGACUCAAUGGGAGGAUCCCCAGUUCAGGUGAGAGUGACUCAGGGUCAAGAGCCUCCCCACCUAAUGAGCAUCUUCCAGGGCAAACCCAUGAUCAUCCACAGCGGCGGAACCUCUCGUAAAGACGGGCAGUCACAGGCCGCUGCCACUCGUCUCUUUCACAUCCGCCAGAGCUCAUCUGGUGCCACACGGGCCGUGGAGGUCGAGGCCUCUGCUUCCAAUCUGAACACCAAUGAUGUGUUUGUGCUGAAAUCCCCGAAUGGCCUGUUUGUGUGGCGAGGCGUAGGAGCCAGUGAGGAGGAGAUGAACGCAGCAAAGCAUGUUGUGGGCUUUUUGGGUGGCAGUCCCAGCAAUGUGUCAGAGGGCAAGGAGCCAGCUGAUUUCUGGUCUGCUUUGGGUGGCAAAAAGGAGUACCAGACGUCAAAGAGCCUGCAGAGCACAGACAGACCUCCUCGUCUGUUCGGCUGCUCCAACAAAACCGGAAGACUUAUUGUGGAAGAAGUGCCAGGAGACUUCACACAGUCAGACCUGGCCACUGAUGAUGUCAUGAUCCUGGAUGCCUGGGAUCAGCUCUUUCUUUGGGUUGGUAACGAGGCAAAUGCAGAGGAAAGAAGCGGAGCUCCCAAAAUAGCCAAGGAUUACGUGGACUCGGAUCCGUCUGGUCGCAAAGGACUGCCCAUCACCACCAUCAAGCAGGGGGCGGAGCCUCCCACGUUCACUGGCUGGUUCCAGGCUUGGGAUCCCAAGAUGUGGGACAAGGAUCCACUGGAGAGGAUCCGGGCCCGUUUCUGAACACAGAACUCCAGCUUUGUCCUUUGCACUCCGACUCCUUACCUUUCAGCUCUCCAUGUUGCAGUUUAAUUCCUGCUUUAUUCAAAUACCUAAGUGCCAAUAAUGAUGUUAUCAGGUUCAUUCAGUUUACAGUCAGAGCUUGUUGCCUUUGUAUAGCAAGGGAUUAUAAUACCUACCAAGAACCUCAGGUAAAACGUAAAACAAAAUGAAAAAAACAAAAAUAGCACAUCCCCUCUGUUUCUGUGUCCUGCCGGCGUCAGUCGACAAACCCCCCAUAUCUGUUUGUGUCAUGUUUAGUUUGAAAAGGUUGUACAGAACACACUCCUGUUACAUCCUGCAUUUCUUUGUUGAAUUUCCUGCUUUUGAAUUUUAGGACCCACUGUGUAACAUUUGUAAACGCUAAGUGUGUUCGUUCCCAUUUUAAACAAUCCUGAAAUGUUCUUGCGAAUGGCUUUUGAAUAAAACUUUGUCGUUGGAA